AUGUCUAAAUUUGUGACCAAUCCAAAGAUUCAAAAUAAAGAUGAAUCCUCCACGUCACAAUCAACGACGCUCCAAGAAUCGCAUUGCAACAAAGCUCCUCAGGAUGAAGCUGCACCUUCCACUUCUCGUUGCAAUUUGGACCAAACCGUAGUAGAUGGCAUUUCAGAACAAUGCGAGAAAAUUUGUAUUAACGAUGACAGAGUUCAAAAUGUUUGUCAAAAUUCUAGCGGGAAUUCUGUUAAAAAGAAAAAUGCAAAGAAAAAAGAAAAGUUGAAAGACUUGCAUAUACAAAUGCCAUCAGUUAAUGCAUAUUCGCCUCCAACCGUUCAAACUGCACCUCCAGCCUACUCACACAAUGGCGGCAAUUCAGUUCACGAAUAUUUUAAUAAACAUGUCACACAGCUGUAUGCGAAUACAAGUGCACGAUAUCUUGAGAAUCUCAUCCACCAUCCGCAAUAUCAUUUAAUGCAUAGUAUGCGUUUGAGAGAAAUGUUUCAAUUUCAAAACAGCCAAUUUUUUGGUAGUGUCCCAAAUACACCUUCACGACCAAACAAUCUUGGGCACUACUUACACAAUGCGAUGCAACACCCUCUUUUGUCAAAGGAAUAUUUAAAUCAUGUCCAUACAAACCAGAAACAAAAUGCAUUUCACAGAGCACUUGAAAAGGCAGGUACAAAUACAUAUAAUAAAAAAGAAUUAAAUAAUUCACCAAAACAGAAUAAGCAACAGAAGAAGGACCAGAAUGGAGCCGACAGAAUAUUUGAUUCCUAUUUGAGUAAAGAGGACGUAAUGGAAGGAUUAAAAAAUAACAGUUUAAUAGAAGGUGUAUUGAAAAUAAACCCAAAACAAUUCCAAAACUCAUAUGUUUCAAGUAUGGACCGCAAUGAACAGGAUAUUCUUAUUGAAGGUGUAAAAAAUAGGAACCGAGCAUUAGAAGGUGAUAUUGUUGUUGUACAAGUUAUUGAGAGUGAUGACGAGGAUAGUGAAAAGAUCAAUAAUUCUGAUAGCAGUAGUAAACAAAAAAAAGGAAGAGUCGUGUUCAUCAAAGAGAAAAUACAUACAAGAAAAUGUAUUGGUUAUUUAAAACUGAUGCCGGAUAAGAGUAGACAAAGAGCUCUCUUUGUCCCUAGAGAUUACAGGAUACCAAGACUUAAUAUACCAUUUACAAGUUGGCCAGAUAAUUUUUACCAAGAAUCUAAGAGUUAUGAAAACACACUCUUUCUUGCUAGUAUUUUUGAUUGGUUCGAUGUAAGGUUUGCUCUUGGAAAACUAAUUUGUAAUAUUGGUCAGUCGGGAGAUAUGCAGACAGAAACUAAAGCAAUUUUAGCGCAAAAUGAUUUAGAUAUCACACCAUUUGGUGAAGAUGUCCGGCAUUUAUAUCCACGUUUGGAUUUCACUAUUCCUGAAGAAGAAAUAAAAUCUAGAGAAGACUGCAGACAUUUAUGCAUUUUUAGUAUAGAUCCCAGUAAUACUCGUGAUAUAGAUGAUGCUGUGUCAUGCAGGAAACUUGCCAAUGGAAACUAUGAGAUAGGCGUUCAUAUAUCUGAUGUUUCUUACUUCCUUCAUGAAGGCACUUUAUUGGAUGAAAAAGUGUCUGAAAAGGCAACAACUAUUUAUAUGGUUGAAAGGGCUUAUCACAUGUUGCCAGAUGAGCUAUGUAUGUUAUGUUCUCUGUUUCCUGGUGUUGAUAAACUUGCAUUUUCUGUAUUUUGGGAAAUUACUGAUGACGGUGCUGUUAUGAAUCAUAGAUUUUCCAGGACUGUUAUCCAUUCAUGUUGUCAAUUAUCAUAUGACCAUGCACAAGCUGUGCUGGAUGGGAAAGAGGAUGCAGAAAAGUCAUUUCCUGAAAUUUACAAUGGAUUUACAUACAAAGAUAUUUCUGAAACUAUAAAGAUUCUUGGAAAAUUGUCAGCAAUAUUUAGAAGAAGACGCUUUGAUAAUGGUGCUUUACGUAUUGAUCAGCCUAAGAUUGCAUUUCAUUUAAGUGCAGCUAACGGGAUGCCCGAUUCUUUCUGGAUUUACGAAAGUAAGGAGAGCCAUCAGUUGAUAGAAGAAUUUAUGUUACUUGCUAAUAUGACAGUUGCCAAGAGAAUUCAUGAUGACCACCCAAAAUUAGCAUUUUUAAGGUGUCAUCCUGCACCUAGCACUUAUUUGCUGAAACAACUUGAAAACUCCUUAAAACCGUUGGGUAUUGAUAUUGAUAUUUCAUCAGCGGGCAAUCUUCAUAGAUCCCUAACAGAUUAUUUAGAUCAAAACAGUUUAGAUAAAGGAAAAGCCAUGGUUCUUAACAUGUUGUGCACGAAACCGAUGACCAGAGCAAAGUAUUUUUGUGCAGCUGCAUGUGGUGAUGACGAUUUCCAUCACUACGCUCUUAAUGUACCAUUGUAUACUCACUUCACUAGUCCGAUACGGCGCUACGCAGAUAUCAUGGUUCAUAGGUUGUUAUCAGCAAGUCUUAACUACACCAAAGUUCCUACUUGGGAAGUUGAUAAGGUCAGAAUGGUGGCUGCCAAUUGUAACAAACAGAAGUACAAUGCUAAGAGGGCCGGUGAAAUGUCCACAGAGCUCUACACUUUGAAGUACAUAGAAAUUAACUCACCAGUUACAACAGAAGCCGUCGUUGUUGAUGUUAAGGAGAAGUACAUUGAUGUUAUAAUAACAGCUAUGGGAUUAAAUCGACGAAUCUUCUUCAAUAACGACUUCCCAGGUGAAUUUCUUUGUGUUAAAAAUGAAGCGGGCGUAAGACUUUCCAAAAUGGAAUUGACAUGGAAUGAAACAGACAGUCUGCCUUCCGUUAAACAAGUGAUUGAAGUAUUUUCAUUACUACAAGUAGAAUUAUACAAAGGGGAUGAUAUGCUGAAAGUAGAGACGAAGCUUCUCGCUGUGGUUGCCGUGAAUCUACCUCAUUCUCAUUUGCAAGAUCGAGAAUACUCGUCGAUUGCAGAAGUCGCUUCCGCUUUUCAGGACUAUGUAAACAGUUUAGCUGAAUAUUUCCGUGAAUUAGAAAAUAUAGAUCUAAUGUGUAAGGUCAGGGAUCCUGUUAAGCCAACCUUCAAAGACGACUAUAGGAAAAUUUUAGUGGAUAACAAAACAUGGCUGCAUAUAGAAGUAAGUUGUGACGGCAGACCAAGAAAUGUGCACAUUGUUGGAAAUUCUGAAAUAGGACAAGAUAAAGUUAAAGACUUUUUGUUAAAUUGGGAUCAUGACAAGAAUAUUGUAGAGAAUAUACAUUCCUUAUUUGGAGAUGUUACAAAGAUUGCUGAUAGCUGGGAUAUUGAAGUUUUAGAAGGUAAAGAAGAAGAAGAGUCACCGUCGUGCUGUAUAUGUUUUUGUGUUGAACUACCAGAUUGUCCCGGAGUACCUCAACCAAUAUGUCAAAAUUCAAAGUGUGAAGCAUAUUAUCACAGAAGUUGCUUGUAUCAGUGGCUAGUUGCUUGUGAAGGUGGUCGUAUUCCUGCAUUUGGUGUUGCAAGUGGCAGUUGUCCUUCAUGUUUCCAACAUACAACUUGCAAUGAAAAGGAUAAUUAUUAA